AUAAAGUUAUCUGAGAAUUAAUUUUUAUAAGAGACUUCAUUUUAUGGAUUACAGUAUUUGAAAUGACUUCAUUACCAACCAUUCACGAGAAUAUAUAUCCGGAGUUACCGUCAACAUCAAGUUUUAGCAGCGGACAGUCGUUGUUUAAAAGAACAAGUGAAGCUGCCUUAGAAGAGUAUGAAUUCCUACAUAACUUCUUUUCGACCGAGACUACACUUCAAGUUGUUUCUGCCAUUGAGGACAUUGACUCUGGAAAUAUAUGGUAUGAAAUAUUCAUUACACAUGGACAAUUUGAAUGGACAAUACACAAAAAACUUACCGACAUUCUGUUGUUGGAUUGGGAUCUCAGUAUAUACCGAGCAUUGGGGUUUACGGGACCCGAUAAUCCGAGGGAAGGAAAUGCUCUGGCUAAAAGUAAAGGAUUGUCCGAAAUAUCUAACUUGGCUUUCAUUUUGAAGUCCAAAGAAGUGCUUAUGAAAGAUCAUAUAAAGAGCGUCAUCGCCGAUUUUUUGAAUUCUAUUUUGGCUGUGAAUGCUUACAAACGUCUUUCAAUUGUAAUUAACUUUUUUGAAAUCAGCAAGUUUUCUUUUAUAUUGGCGUUGGGAAAUAAAGAAAAAGAAGGAUUCCUUCAAAAAAGAUCUUCUUGCUGUUUAGUGAAAAAUGCAUCGUGGAAUAAAAGAUGGUUUAUUCUGAAGAAAAAUUUUCUGAUUUAUCUUGAUCCAUCAAAAAAUAAUGUCGAAGGAGUUUUUCUUUUCGACACCAACACAACCCUAAAACAAAGAAAUGACAAAAUUGCGAUAAAAAAUUUCUCACAUAGAAUUCUCCUGGAGUGUCCAAGUGCUUACCAAGCAACAGUAUGGAAAUCGGCAAUAGAAAAGAACGUUGCUAAGAUUCUAGAAUAUGAUUGGAAGAACAGUAGAGAAGGCAUUGUUUGUCAUUCACCAAUCAGAAAUGCACGAGCUCACUGGUUCGUCGAUGGAUCUGACUAUUUCUCCGCCGUUGCAGAUGCAUUGUUGUCCGCAACAGAAGAAAUUUUUAUCUCUGGGUGGUUUUUAGCCCCUCAUAUUCACUUAAAAAGAAGACCCGAAUUGAACAACAAAUGGAUGCUGAAAUCUAUAUUGAAAGAAAAGGCGGACGAGGGUGUUAAAAUAUACAUUUUAAUUUACGAUGGACCAGAUGGGUUUAUCAAACUUGCUGAUAAAUUUGUGGAGAACACAUUGGAAACAUUGAAUAAAAAUAAUAUUACAGUAUUGCGUCAUCGAGGCAAAGAACUAGAUAUUCUCUGGAGCCAUCAUGAAAAGUUAGUAAUUAUUGAUCAACGUGUAGCAUUCGUAUCAGGGAUUGAUUUAACUUUUGGUCGAUGGGAUUAUGAAGGCCACCCAUUGACGGAUUUGGGAAAUACAACAGAACAUUCAGUUUCUUCCAAAACGGAUAAUGAAACGCCAUUGAAAGGGCAAUUAUGGCCUGGCUUGGAUUAUGCAAACGAGUAUGUGUCCGCUGGAGUAGAUUUCACAAAACCUUUUAAAGAUCAUAUAGAUCGCCAGACCUGUCCGAGAAUACCGUGGCAUGAUAUUGCAUGUGUGACAUACGAUGACGCAGCAAAAGAUGUUGCAAGGCAUUUCAUCCAAACGUGGAAUUUUGUUAAGGCUACAGAACACAGAAAAGAAGAUAAAAUAUCAUUUCUAAUUCCGAAAAUCGUUUCUAUACCUUUUGGCGAUAAAAAUCUUGAUCCAAAUAUAUAUGCUUCUAAAGUUCAAGUACAGGUAUUGCGAUCAGUAUCAAAAUGGUCAGCGGGACUCAAAGAGAUUGAAUCAUCUAUUGAAGAUGCUUAUGUGAAAACGAUAGAGGAAUCCGAACAUUACAUAUAUAUUGAGAAUCAAUUCUUCAUCAGUUACCGGAAUCAGGAAAUUGUCAAGAACGGAAUUGUUUCCGCUCUUUGUCGUCGUAUUGAAAGAGCAGAUAGAGAGAAGACAAAAUUUCGGUUAUACAUUGUUCUCCCACUGAUUCCAAUGUUUGAAGGAGAUUUCAGUAAAGCAAAUAAAAGUCGACAAAUCCAGGUUUUUGCUAACUAUCAAUAUCACAGCAUAAGUAGAGGAGACGAGACUUCGUUGAUUGGAUCGCUACGGAAAUUAUUGACGGAAGAUCAAAUAGAUGAAUACGUUUGUUUUUCGUCUCUCCGAACCUACGCUGAAUUGAAUAAUGAGAUGAUUUCAGAUAUUGUUUACGUUCACAGUAAAUUGAUGAUUGCAGAUGACAGAGUUGCAAUCAUUGGUUCAGCCAAUAUAAAUGAUAGAAGCUUGCUUGGUGACAGAGAUUCUGAAGUUGCUCUUUGGAUUAAGGAUAUGGAAAUGGUGGAUUCAACAAUGAAUGGACAACCAUAUAAAGUAGGAAAAUUUGCUUCUGGCUUGAGAAAAAAGAUUUUUGUCGAACAUCUUGGAUUGUCGAAGGUCGAUACACCUGUUUUAAAUGACGUUGUUUCGGACGAAUUCUAUCAUGACGUUUGGGAGAAGACUGCUGACACUAACACAAUAGUUUAUGACGAGGUAUUCCGAAGUAUUCCUUCAGAUGUGGUCCGACGAUUUUCACAAGUACGCAGAUAUCAGAAUGAAUCGUCUGAUGAAAGAAUGAAAAGUCAAUUGCUAGACAAGGUGAAUGGAUACUUGGUAAAUUUUCCUAAACAAUAUCUAGAAGAUGAAGACUUAUCGAAAAAACAAAGUCGAUUGAUUCCUGUUUCUGUUUUUACUUGAUACCCACGCAUUUCUUUUAUUUGUACAAAUUAUACUUAAAACAAGGUCAGAAUGCAUUAGUGGAAGAGUAUGGUUUUUGUAUAUACUCAUAAAUAAACGUUUUGAAGCCAAUACACGUUUAAUUUU